AUUGCUCCCAGAGCCUCCAUCACCUGCCCACUCAUGCCAGCUCAUUUUAUUAGCCUUACUCUACUUUUCCAAGAAGCCAUGGAAGUAUAAAAAAUAAAGCAAGAAAGGCAGAUGCAUUUGGCUGGCUCAGUGGACUUCUGAAUAUACCAUGAAGAUACUGAGAGCCUGAAGGUUUAGGAGUCUUGCCUUGAAACACCUGACAAACACAAGCUGGGAGAACAUCUAUCCAGGCCUGGAAUUCCAUAAUCCGGGCUCGUUUCCGAAACUUGGUAAUGUAGAGAAAACGUCUACUACUCAACGGGAUAGUCUUCAAGGAAAAUGAACCCCACGCUGGGCCUGGCCAUUUUUCUGGCUGUUCUCCUCACUGUGAAAGGUUUCCUGAAGCCAAGCUUCUCGCCAACCAAUUAUGAAGCUUUGAGCCAGGCCCAAAGGCAGAAGGAAAGAAUGGCAGCCAAGAAGCUUACAAGGCAGAACAUGGAUUUUGGCUUCAAGUUGCUUAAGAAGCUGGCCUCUAAAAACCCUGGCAGGAACAUCCUCCUGUCCCCCUUGAGCAUCUCUACAGCUUUCUCCAUGCUGUGCCUCGGUGCCCAAGACAGCACCCUGGACGAGAUCAAGAAGGGGUUCAACUUCAGAAACAUUCCAGAGAAAGAUCUUCAUGAGGGCUUCCAUUAUAUCAUUCGCGAGCUGAACCAGAAUACCCAAGAUUUCAAGGCGAGCAUUGGAAACACCCUGUUCAUUGAUCAGAGGCUGCAGCCACAGAGUAAGUUUCUGGAAGAUGCUGAGAACUUUUACAGUGCCGAAAUCAUCCCCACCAACUUUCAGAACUUGGAAAAUACUCAGAAGGAGAUCAAUGACUUUAUCAGUCAGAAAACCCAUGGAAAAAUUAACAACCUUGUCAAAAAUAUAGACCCUGGCACUGUGAUGCUUCUUACAAAUUAUAUUUUCUUUCGAGGCAAGUGGCGACAUGAGUUUGAUCCAAAUCUAACUAAAGAGGAAGAUUUCUUUCUGGAGAAAAACAGUUCAGUGAAGGUGCCCAUGAUGUUCCAUAGUGGCAUGUACCAAGUUGGCUAUGAUGAUAAGCUCUCUUGCACCAUCCUGAAAAUACCCUACCGGAAAAAUAUCACAGCCAUCUUCAUCCUUCCUGAUGAGGGCAAGCUGAAGGACUUGGAGGAGGGCUUGCAGAUGGACAUUUUCUCCAGAUGGAAAACAUUACUGUCACACAGGGUCGUGGAUGUGUCUGUGCCCAGGCUCUACAUCACAGGCACCUUUGACCUGAAGAAGACCCUUUCCUACAUGGGUGUCACCAAAAUCUUUGAGCAGCAUGGUGAUCUCACCAAGAUCUCCCCUCGUCGCAGCCUGAAAGUGAGCGAGGCUGUGCACAAGGCUAAGCUGAAGAUGGAUGAGAGGGGCACAGAGGGGGCCGCCGGCACCGGAGCACAGACUCUGCCCAUGGAGACACCACUCGUCGUCAAGAUAAACAAACCCUAUCUUCUACUGAUUUAUGACGAGAAAAUAUCUUCCAUGCUCUUCCUGGGAAAGAUUGUUAACCCUCAAUAAAGGCAAAUUCCUGCUUGCUGCAGACCCUGAACAUGGCUUGGGGCUAAACAUGUUUCAUCUUCCAGAAAUGGAUGUCACAGGCACAGUCAGUUCAGUCCCUCACCAUCACCAUCUCCCUAGGCUGCUCGAAUGAGCAAAAUUGCAAGUUCUAGGAACCCCUGUGCCCCGUUUCCUUCCUGCCCACUCAAAUGCUGGGAUUCAGUGCGCCACCUCCGCCCACUUAGGGGCAUUCUCCUCUCCCCUCCAGCAGGCUGAGGGACUCUGUGAUUUAAUAAACAAACGUUUCUCCCCACAGCCCUGCCCCAGGUUG